GAUCAAUAUUGUCAGGCAGUGAUUGAUCAUCACAGCCACCGUCACUUGCAUCGUGAAUCAUGUCGUAGUCCAAGCCUGCAAAGUUCACGUACCCACUCUCCUCAAUGGCUAACAGUCGGUCCGCCUCCUCCUCCUCCUCACGUUUCUUCUGUGUAACGUCCGGGUCAAUGAUUUCUGUACGUAAGCCAAUUGGUGGCUCCGUGUCUGGGUUACUUUUUUGAAAUUCAUGUAGGUCCUUUUUCCGUGUACGUUCUGCCUUCCGUGCAUCGAUGCCAGCACGGAGCUGCAUCUUACGCUCAACGUUCACCAUGCGUGUUCUCUCUCUUUUCUCCCAUGCUUCUUCUAAAAGUUGCUCCUUUACCUUCUUCUCAUAAAUCCUUUGCCGUGCAUGUUCAACUGUAAUAGCACCACCUUUUUGAAUAGAUUUCCGACUUCUUCUAUUGUUGACAUAAGCGGUCUCUCGCCCCGAAUCUGUUAGCGCAAGGCUACCAUUGUGGCGUGGCGACAGCCUUCCAGGCCCUUCUAGAGGGGCACAGUAAGAAAGAAGGCUUGAAGUUGUUCCUGCGAAGGAAAAUGCAUUGUUACAAACUAAGAAGCCGGUAACUCUAAAAUUCAAUCAUGGCAGCGCCUGCUGAGCUGAGCUGGUCUGCGCCUUUCACGGUGGCUCCAACGGCACAGAUUACGAAGAACUUAACCGGCGACAAGAUACUCCUGCCACCUUCUGCUCUGGAGCAACUCCUCGCCGCUUCACAAGCUGUUCCGACACCUCAACACAAUGCUAUCCGUGCGGGCUUCGAUCCUUUCAAUCCAUACUCUCUAACUGCUGCCCGAGCAGAAGCAUCACAAUGGCACGAUACACAACAACAGCUACCCCACCCUCUGACCUUCCGGCUUGUCAAUCCCAAGAAUGGCCGCGUUAUAUAUGCUGGCAUCCGAGAGUUUUCAGCUGAGGAGGGCCAGAUUGGGCUCAGCCCUUCUCUCUUAGACGCUCUUGGGGUUACAACAGAGGCGGUCGGAGGUGUCGAGGGAGAGCCAAUAGACCUCACGGACGAUAACGAGGUUGGAGAAGUGGAUAGGAUAAUGGUCCAUGCGAAGCAGCUCCCAAAGGGCACAUAUGUUCGCCUACGGCCGUUGGAAGCCGGCUAUAACCCGGAUGAUUGGAAAUCGCUGCUCGAGCGACACUUACGAGAGAAUUACACGACACUUACGAAUGGCGAGGUACUCAAAAUACCAGACACGAGCAGGAGAGGACACACCUUCCAAAUUUUAAUUGAUAAAUUCGUUCCGGAAGGAGAUGCGAUAUGCGUCGUAGACACGGACCUAGAAGUCGAUAUAGAAGCAUUGAACGAAGAACAGGCCAGGGAGACAGUGAAGCAGAUUAUGGAAAAAGCACAGAGCGCCCCGGGAACGGCAGAAGGUAGCUCCUCUGGAUCCGUUCUGGAUAUAUGGACUCCAGUACAGGGCCAGGUCUUGGAGGGAGAAUAUGUGGACUAUGAGCUUCCUUCAUGGGACAGAUCCCGGAUUCUUGAAAUCGAAAUCACCCUGGAUGAAGGAGAUGAGGUAGACCUAUUCGUCAACCCUCUAGCUUCCCGGCAGAGAGCAAGACCGCGAGAGGAGGAGCAUGUUUUUGGGGAGUUUGAUAGCGAAACUUCUUCAAAAAAUAUACGUAUACGGCCGACAAACGUCGAAUUAGAGGGGGCCGAGUCGCUCUACAUAUCUGUCCAUGGAUACAGCCGUCCUGAGGGGCCUGAUCUGGCCAUGAAGCCAUCCCCUCGACGUUACAUAUUGAGAGCCCAGUCGGUCGAAGAUGGUACUCCAGACGUAUUAACGGUGGACUUAACGACGGGCGAAGAUUCUCAUGACUCCGAGGAUGAGCAGUGCAAGAACUGCCACCAAUGGGUACCUAAACGCACAAUGAUGUUACACGAGAACUUUUGUUUACGCAACAACAUUCUCUGCGAGCAAUGCCAAAGCGUCUUCAAGAAAAAUUCUCCGGAGUGGCAGUCUCACUGGCACUGCGAGCACGACUCAGCACAUGGGAAUUCUGCCGCCAGCCAGAUCAAACACAACCAUAUCUACCACAGCGACGUCACUUGCCCAUCUUGCGACUACCAAGCUUCAUCCACCCCCGAUCUCGCCCUCCACCGCACCACCCUCUGCCCCGGCAAGCUCAUUCUCUGCCAAUUCUGCCACCUCUCCGUCCCCCAAGAAGGCGACCCAUCCGCGCCCUCCGCUGAAGCUCUUCUCUCCGGCCUCACAGCCCACGAGCUCGCCGAUGGCGCCCGCACAACAAACUGUCACCUCUGCCAGGCCAUCGUGCGUCUACGCGACAUGACCACGCAUCUCAAGCACCACGAUCUCAGCCGGAACUCCAAGCCGCUGCCGCGCAUCUGCCGCAACGUGAACUGCGGGCGCACGCUGGACGGCGUCAGCAAGAACGGGCAGGUUGGCACGGCGGCGCGGGUCGGGCAGGGACCGGGAAACGAGCUCGGGCUGUGCAGCAUCUGCUUUGGGCCGUUGUAUGUUAGUAUGUAUGACCCGGAGGGGAAAGCAAUGAAGCGGCGGAUUGAGAGGAGGUAUUUGUCGCAGCUUAUUACGAGGUGUGGGAAGGCAUGGUGCGGGAAUGAGGUGUGUAAACAGGGGAGGGUCAACCUGGGGAUCACGAAAGGUGGGGUUGUUGUCACUGCUAAGGACGCGCUGCCAGAGGUGAAGCCGUUGCUGGUGGAUCUUGGGAGCGCGCCGAUGCACUUCUGUGUUGACGAGAGGAGCCAGAAGUGCAGGAAGUUGGCGGAGAUGCUGGCUGCGGAGGGGGUUUACGAGUUAGAGUGGUGCAUUGCGGCGUGUGAGGCAGAGACUGGGGAAUUAGAUGCCGCCAGGCAGUGGUUGUCGAACUGGGCUCCGAAGAAGACGGAGACCUCGUCGCGGUAGGGGGGAGUAGAGCUAUUGGAUAUGGUAUGAUCAGCAUAGCGUGGCACUCUUAGAAGAUUCACAUCACGAGACUAGUUGGAAUAUAUUACGUGGCCGCUCGGCCCUCAUACACUCCGUCGACUAUACACAUACUAUGACUAUGAAUUAUGUUUUAUAACUUCCAUGGUCAUCUGCUACUUCUGGCCAAGACACACUUGUUGUCUUGGCUCACGCCCCACCUUUCUUACAGUUCCUCUAUUGCACUCAAAUCCUCAUGGUCUACCUUACCGGGAUUUCACGUUUUGAAACAAGGGUAGCGACACGGUUUGUGGACCUGUCACUAAAUUUUGGUGGUACAAUUUGAACGGUUUGCCGUCCAUGCGCCCGUGGCCCCACAUGUUUCUCAUGCCCACGGUGUUCAGUCCCAAACGGUCGACGCAGAACACCAGUAAAUAGGAAAUAGAUAGUAGUAGAACAGU